AAGCACUUCAUAAGGCGUAAUCAAAUGAGCUGAAUAAGGAUUGAUCUUUGGUAUCAGAUUUUUUUAGUGUUUUCUAAUAGAGCUGCUUUCUCCAUAGUCCAGCACGCUCAUGCUCAGUGUUGGUCUUCAGCUAACAUGCUUCAUGGCGAACUCGACGCGGCUGCUCGGUGCUUCCUGCCAUCGGCCACUUCGAUUAUCUCCGGUUCUACGCUGCUCGGCAUUCCAGUCAGGUUCCGAGACGAUAAUACAAAGGCACAUCGAUUGUCUGUGCUAUGAGCACCGAGGAUGAAGCUCUUUCUCCCAAAACUGAGAAGAGUUCCCCUACACCGCAGUCUUCAUGGGAUCGCAUUUAUACAACAGAGAUCUCCUCGUGUCUGUCAUACCUCAUUUUCCUUGGAUUCGCCGUUACAGCAUGCCAUGUCGUCUUAGCACCUAUCCAUGAACGAAAUUAUAACGCCUCCUUCGAGGAAACUUCUAUACUUACACCACAGGAUUAUGCAAGCACUAUUUAUACGUUAGGGCUUAUCAUCGCUAUCGGUGUUGUGACGGGUUGUGUAGCACAACUGAUAUAUCUUCCGAGCUUACUAGCCAUGCUGCUCACAGGCAUCAUUCUCAGGAACUUCUGUGAGUCCUUCAUUAACGUGUACGUAAUAAACGAAUGGAGCAUGGUUUUACGUCGGAUCGCUUUCAUAGUGAUUCUUCUUCGUGGCGGUUUAUCACUUGAUGCUAACGCCGUUCGCAGGCUCAAGGGUGCAUGUUUGCGAUUAACUGUAUUGCCAUGUACAGCUGAAAUCUGCGCAGUUGCAUUGAUCACAAAGAUGGUUUUUGGGAUGGACAUACUCUUCGGUGUAGCUUUAGGCGCUGUUUUGGGAGCUGUGUCACCUGCCGUAGUUAUCCCUGCUCUUUUGGAUGCCGGCAAAGCGGGCUACGGAGUUCGAGCUGGUGUACCAUCUGUAGUGAUUGCUGCUGCUAGUCUGGAUGACGUAUAUGCUAUCACUGUUUUUAGUCUAAUACUAUCGCUCAUUUUCCCGACAGGGGACUCACCACUUUUGACUAUUUUAAGUGCACCUGCGGAUGUUUUUGCUGGGGUUUUUUGCGAAGCUAUGGUUGGGUUCUUUUUUCACAUAGUGCCUCGAAAAACAGUGGACAAUCUUCACUUUGUUCGUCUUUCUCUUUUGUUCUCUUUUUCCCUGGCAUUUUUGUUUGGAACAGCAAGAAUUCGACUUGAUGGAGCGGGUGCUAUUGGAGUCUUGAUUGCUGCGUUUGUUGCUGGUCAUGCUUGGAAGAAAGAGGGUGAGCUUCCAGAGGAAGAUUAUCUUGCUCUUAUAUGGCAUCAUGUUUUUCAACCGCUUCUCUUUGGCCUUAUUGGCCUGGAGCUUAGUUUCGGAAUGAUUAGCUUGAAUACCAUGUUACUUGGAGUCCUAGUGUUAGCAUUCGGUCUCGUUUUUCGAUUUACUGCUUCAUUUUUCGCGGUGUUCGGUUCAACCCUCACAAUGAAAGAACGUCUUUUUGUCGCUAUCGCGUGGAUGCCAAAAGCGACAGUGCAGGCAGCGCUGGCCCCCGUUGUUUUGGAAACAGCUAGAUCUAGAGCGUCAUCAACUUCAUCUCAAAUAGAGAACGGUAUUCUAAUUUUGACCAUGGCUAUAUUGAGCAUCCUCAUUACUGCACCUAUUGGAGCUCUGGCCAUACGCUUAGCCACUCCAGUUCUCCUGAAAAAAGAUGAACCCUCUGAACAAGAUGACUAUGCUGAUGAGGUUAUGCUCGAAAUGAACUGAGUAUCUAAUCACAGUCUACGGUGCUACAACUAUUAUAUUAUAUGCUUUUAAUCAAAAUUUUCUCCUACUUUACUUAACUCCGCUGAGCUUGCAAGCGGGGCACACUUUUUUCGUCUUCCUAAUAACUUUGUUAUUUUGCAUUUUCGUUUGCAAUAUCAUCUAGUCUCUGUGAAGAUUUUUAGCAUCAAAAAAACAUGUAACCUCUCAGGGUGAUUGUUGAAGCUUUAUCACGUCUGAAACCUUGGUCUAAUUGUUUUAGUGUCACAUAGGUAGUGUUUGCAAUUUUCCGUUGUCUGUUAUAAAUGAGCUUUCUUCUUGGGGCUAUAACUGUUGACCAAAGGCUGCUGCAUGACGAAGGCGCAAUGACGAUAUUAGUUGAGCGGGCGCGAACGCGAC